GUAAGAAAAAUCUCAUUCCCAAAUAUUUGGAACCCUAGCAUGAUGGAUUUAUAACUUCAUCAAAGCAAAGUCUACCACGCAAUCCCAUUAUUCAAUUUCAAUCGAAUUCAUUACCCUUUCUUUAACUCCCAAAAUCCCCAAAUCAAAAUCUUCAAUCUCAUAACCACCUUCGACAAAAAAAAAAAUCCCAAUCCUUCUCCUCGUUUAUGGGACAACAAAACCCUAUCAAUUUCUCAAUCCAAAACACAAAACCCCCAAUUUUACACCUUCUUCAAACCCUAAUCCCCAAUUUCUCAAUCCUUAUUUUUACUAAUCUUAUUAGUUAAUUUUAGUUUUUUUCUCCAAUUUGUUAAUUUUCGCCAAAACCAUGGCAACAGAAGCAAGAGCAAAAUUCCAAAACCCAGAUUUCCGACCCGAUUUCCAAACCCUAACGCCGUCAACUCACGACGGUCUUCACUUCUGGCAGUUCAUGAUUGCCGGAUCCAUCGCCGGUUGCAUAGAGCACAUGGCAAUGUUUCCGGUUGACACCGUUAAAACUCACAUGCAAGCAAUCACAUCCUGUCCAAUUCGAUCCGUUUCAGUUCGUCAAGCUUUGCGUUCAAUUCUUCAAUCGGAAGGUCCGUCGGCGUUAUACCGUGGUAUCGGUGCAAUGGGCCUUGGCGCGGGUCCGGCACACGCCGUUUAUUUUUCAGUUUAUGAGACUUGUAAAAAAAAGUUCUCACAAGGGAACCCUAAUAAUGCUGUUGCUCAUGCUGCUUCUGGUGUUUGUGCCACGAUUUCGAGCGACGCUGUUUUUACGCCGAUGGAUAUGGUGAAACAGAGAUUGCAGUUGAGUAAUAGUGGUUAUAAAGGUGUUUUUGAUUGUGUUAAGAGGGUUAUGAGUGAGGAAGGGUUUGGUGCUUUUUAUGCUAGUUAUAGGACUACUGUUUUGAUGAAUGCGCCUUUUACGGCUGUGCAUUUCGCGACUUAUGAGGCAGCGAAACAGGCAUUGAAUGAGGUUUCACCGGAGAGUGUUGAUGAUGAACGGUUGAUUAUUCAUGCUACGGCUGGUGCUGCGGCGGGUGGUUUGGCUGCUGCUGUUACAACACCACUUGAUGUUGUUAAAACUCAAUUGCAGUGUCAGGGUGUAUGUGGGUGUGAUAGGUUCAAAAGUGGUUCAAUUGGUGAUGUUAUUAAAACAAUAGUGAAAAAGGAUGGUUACAAAGGGCUCAUGCGAGGAUGGGUUCCAAGGAUGCUCUUUCAUGCUCCUGCGGCCGCUAUUUGCUGGUCUACAUAUGAAGCUGGAAAGUCCUUUUUCCAAGAUUACAAUGAGCAGAAAGAUACCGGAACCAUCACCUAAAUAAAACUCAAUUUAGAAUAUUCACCAUUCAUCGGUUCCACUACAGAUUACUCUGUCUGUAACAUUUGUUAAAAGCAUCAAAUAGAUAUGAGCAAGCAAGUCCUGACUUCUGAAAAUUAUAUGCAAAGGACGUCGGAUUAACUUCCGAAAUAAUCAGUUUUGUUUUUCUGGAAUAGCUUUUUGCUUUAGACAGAGAAUUUUGUUAGCUAAUUCUUAUAGACACCUGUGCUACAUGAAUUUUUUGUUCACAAGUUUGGUGACACUGUACUUUGAAUUAUGUGAAGGAUUAUUUGAUGUAUUAUUAUGUAAUUUGGGGAGUCUCAUUUCCCAUCACAGUAAUAUGUUAGCAUUUGUCAAAUUUGGUGAUAGAACACAUCAGAAAAUGCUAGCUUUUGGCGUUUGUUGGGUACUUGUUCAUUAAAAUGUCAUUCUAGUUAUUUUCCUUGGAUUA